AUUACAUGGCUUUCUAUUCUCUCGACAAAGAAAUUUGUUAUAUAAUACGUGGGUGCUGGUGAAUCGCUGAUAAUUUCUCAAUAAUGAUUAUUAAAACACCUAAUAUCUGUUAUACACGGAAUGAGGAUUUAACAACACAACUAUAAAGCAGCAAAUAUCGCCCGAAUAUAAAGUAAUAAAAAUAAAAGGUUUUUGUAAUUUGAGUUUUAAAUUUGAGAUAUUGGAACUCAAAUGCGACGUUCGGAAAUUCUAAUUAAAAUCUCGUUUUAAGUUAGGAUCUGUAAUCCGCUGAUAGUUAAUUUAACUGAUCCACAAUGAUAGUUUCCGUAAAGGUCUGUAGUAUGACGUACGCAACAAGUAUUUGGCUCUACACCGAGUUUUUUGUCAUUUUAUAGAUAAAUAUUAUUGGAAACAAAAAUUUUAACAUUCGAAAUUCAGUUGAAUAGUCGCUAACCUAUAUUUGUUACUCUAUAUUUGAUCUUCAUAUAAACAGAUGAAAUGCCGAAGACAAGAUCAGAUAUACAAGAACAAAUGUCGAGGGACACAAGGAUAGUAAACAAUCUGACAAAAAGUAUAUGUACCGAAAAAUCGGAUAAUAAUAUAGUAGAUAUUAAAAAAGAAAACAUCGAUAAUUUAGGUACAAUUUCUAACCAAUAUAUAGAGCAAACAACAAAACGAAAGAUUAAAGAUAAAACUACCAAAGAUAAACAAAGUACGAAAAAAGAUAGAAAUGUAAACACUUUAAAAUUUGAUCCAGUAAUUAUUAAAGUUAAUGAUAAGGAAGUUAUGUCUAUUCCAGAAUAUCCUGAUAUAAGACUUAAAGUUGUUAAAGGGGGUAAACAUCCUUAUAUGUGUCCAAAGUGUGAUGCUGGAUUCUGGACCAAAAGUGCUUACAAAGCCCACAGUCCAAUACACGUUCUCAAAAAGACCAAACAACCAGUCAAAAAGUUCCGUUGUGAUAUUUGUGCAAAAGAGUUUAGCAAACUUUGUGAUGUGGAAAGACAUACCCGUGUCCAUACUGGAGAAAAACCAUGUAUAUGUAAUAUUUGUAACAAAAGAUUCCAAGUACUACAUAAUCUUAACAAACAUUUGUUAACACAUGUACACAUAAAACCAUUUUACUGUGAGAUCUGCAACAAACAGUUUUCAAGAAAUGACAUACUCCGAAGGCACCUUCUAACUCAUUCAGUAGAUAAACCAUUCAAGUGUUCUGUAUGUCUUAGAGGUUUUAUAAGGCAUGAGCAAUUGCUACAGCACAUGAAACAAAAACAUUUCAGUAUUCCAGUUGAUUUAAGAGAACAAUUUGUCACUGAAAAGGAUAUAAGUAAUAGCAAUUUAUCUGAUGUUGAAAUAAAGGAGGGGAUUAAAAUAGAGGUCUAGGAAAGUGGUAGAUCCCAUUCAGUUUUUAAUUAUGUAGUUAUUGAACAAUGAUCCACAGUUUUAGAUGGUGCUUUGUUGUGAACUUCCAAAAGAAAGUUUCGAGUGUUUUUCUGUCUUUGAAUGAGUAUUAAAUCAUGUUUUUAUAUAUUAAGUGGACACCAUUGGGCAUCAAAUAAAGUAAUAGAAAAGAGAAUUGGAUUUUUUCGUCAAGAGUUUGUUGUUUAUCUACUCUUUUACUUGCAACUACCAAAUGUUCUAAUUACAGUUAAAAUUUGGGGAUAUUAGAAUAAUAAUGGAUUAUUAAAGAUAUGUUUCAUUUUAUAUAAUGCUUAUAUAAUAAAUAUUAGAAACGUGCCAAAUUUUUAACAACAGAAGAGUGUUAUUAUACAGUGUGAACCAUCCGAACCUAACCAAUUCAAACUAAUUUUAAGAAAGUUUUAUCUUUAUCUAAAUGUAUUGAAUAGUUUUGUUUUUCCAUGAUUUCUGACAAUCCAAAUAUUUGUAUGGUCAUAUUUUUGAUGUAGAAUAAAAUUUAGUACAAAAAUGAACACUGCUUUAUGUGUAUAUUUAUAAGUACCAAAUCACAUUGGGUGAUGACUCAUAAAUUUUGAAAGUGUGAUUUUUUAUGUAAAUAAACUUAUAUUAAGAAA